AUGUCCACUACAUACGACGAAGAAUCCCACUAUGUGACAUCACCAAGCCCGCGAUCGAAGCGGCAGCCGAUCAACGCGUUCUCGCCAAUAUCCCAGACUUCUCCUCCCCCCAAAGAACUCGAAGACGCAUAUAGGCGAAUUCACGAAGAUGACGCUCUAGCUGAUCUUGUGCGCGACUACGACUGGGAGCCACAAGCCACCGCACGCUCCGGAAGCCGAAGUCGCCCCCCGUCCUCCCGAGCAAAGGAUGUAAACAAUGGCAGAGGCUCUGCCAUUGGACGACCUUUUUCCGACGUUGGCUUUGGCGAUGAACUUAGCGACCAUCGAGUUCGCAAGAGCAGGGACUACACUAAGGAUGAAGAGCGCCUAAAGCGUGUCACGGGCCAACGCUCCCCGGUCUUUAGUAGGGCUCAGGUCGGACGGGAUGCAUUGACAGCGGAUAAUUUGAGAAGGCGAAUGGAAGACAAGGCCGAGGCGGAUCAACAUGCGCUAGAGUUCGACAGGAACGGUGUUCCGUCGCCAAAUAUACCCACUGGUUGGGGUCAUCGGGCAGGUCACCGGCAAGAAUGGGAGAGAAAGCCAAGCCAACGUAGUUUCUCUGAAGGGGAAGAGGAGGAAAAGGCGCGUCGACGCUGGUCGCCAGCUAUCAGGGAAGAAACCAAUGGACCUACGCGGACCUCUCCUCUUUCUCCGGCGCGGAGCACACUUUCUGCUAGAAGCGCUCUUGAAGAACGCACCGCCAAUCCGCAUAUGCAGACAACGCAGGAAGACUUUGGCGAAACGCAGUCUGGCCCAAAGCUGAUCUCACCCACUAGUGGUGGCGAACCAAUCCCCAAUUCUCCCAUCACUGUGUUCAAAAACUCAUCGUUCGCGAGGCCCAGCCCCAGCAAGCGCGACUCCAGGGAUCUACUACGCAAACUUUCCAGGACUGAAAGUCCCAAAAUUGAUCAGGUUCAAACUCCUGAGCCAAUCAAACUCUUUGAAAACAAAAUCUACGACAAGACCCCUCGGGUAACUGGGGCGUGGAUUGAUACUCCUAUGACCCAGCGGGUGGCUGACAAGGUUGAGCUUCCCGAAGAUCUGACAAAGGAACUCAUUGCUCCACGUGUAACGAAUGAGUCCAAGGGUAUUGCACCCCCUACGAAACCAAUAGAUGUCAAAUUGAAAGCCGAGGAGUCGAAGCCCGCGCAGAAUACCGAAAAACAGCCCCCUCCCGAACCACUUUCUGGAAAGCAGUCGAGGCCCCCAUUACAGCGACCUCAUCUACCUAAAAGUGCCUUAGAGACGGUCAUUGAGGAUGCCAGUUCUGGCAAAGACGUCGAGUUCGGAGAUGAUACCAUCGAGUCUCUUCAAGCAUUUAUGGACGCGCCAGGUGGACCAAAAGUCGAGGAAGAUGACGAAGCUUACGAAAAGGCCGUUCUUGCCCAGCUCCAAAAUGCCAGCUCAACAGGGAAUGAUGCGGUCAACUUGGAUUCAUUGAAUGUCAAGCUCAACUCUCUAAUGAAACAUAUUGAUGAAGUCAAGAAAGGGCUUGAUGGGCUAGAAGGGCAUGUUACACGAGACGCCGAAAUUGUAUUGCAGGCAACCUCGUCAAACAAAAAGAGCCCGCAGUCAUCACACUUGCACACGAGCGAGUCCUGCAAAGGCUGUGACACGCACUCUGAUGGACGAGUUUACGCCGCGAUACCUCUUCCUCGGCUGUGGCAGCGGAGCCUGCGAUCUCAGCGCCUCCGGCCCACUAAGCUGGGCUGGUUCAUCAUCAUUUCACUCUCGUGGUAUAUCAUCGAAUGUCUGAUGUGGGACCAGUAUAGUCAUCCCGAGAUAUCCGAAAGCUGCGAAGGCUACUGCCUGCAACCCGAUGCGCCUUUAUACCCCUGGGUAACUGUCACCAUGUUGUGGCGCUGGUCACAUCUAUCGACUAUUUUCACGCCUAUUUUCGCCAUCUGUGUUGCUUUCUCUCGGCUCGUGGCGCAGUUGAUUGGCCUUUCGGAUGGCUACGUGGAUGAUGCGCCGGAGCUUGGAAACAUCAUUGGCGAAAUCCGCAUCAAUGGAACACCUGUUGCGUUCCCUUGGCUGUCAGCGCCCACACCUGAAAACAAUGUACCUCAACAACAGCAGGUUCACUAUACGCAGCAGCCUGUGGAAACAGUGCAGCCUGUCUGGUCAGCCCGGAACCCGCCCCCGCAGCAGUGGGACAAUAUCCAGGUGUCGGGGGAGGAUGCAAUGGACAAUGAUGAAUAUCUUUAG